UCACGCCAUUGGCGGGUGAGUGAUGGGGGAAGUGUAGCUCCUCUGAAAGUUGGUUACCUUCUGCCAGUAAAGUAUAAGAAAGAAAACUUGUAAGUAAUCGCUGGUGGAGGAAAGUUAACUUUAUUCCGGUGUUUUUAGUAGUGGCAUUGUUCCGUCAUGGAGUUUGGCGAAGAGUCGUCGCCCGCUCUUGCUUUCGAGAAGGACACGUUUGAGCUCACGGUUGAAGAUGUUUAUGACAUUUCGUACGUAAUCGGACGAGAUUUGCUAAAAAUAAGCAGCACAGGAGAAGAAGUGUCGGAUUUGCAGUUCAGAAUAGUCCGCGUUUUAGAAAUGUUCGAGACUUUGGUCAAUAAGUACAACUUGUCUCUGGAGGAGCUGAAAAUGGAGCGGGACAACUUGAAGAGUGAACUGGACAGGAUCAUAAAGGAGAGCUCCUCCGGGCAGGGCACGCAAACAGCGGGGCCAAACCAGCUGGUGGUGGACCUCACAGACCCCAACAGACCGCGGUUCACCAUGCAGGAGCUGAAGGAGGUGCUGCAGGAGAGGAACCAGCUGAAGGCUCAGCUCAUGGUGGCUCAGGAGGAGCUCCAGCUGUACAAGAGUGGGAUUCUGCCACAGGCUGAACCACCAAUGGUGGAAGUGGAUCUGGAGACACCAACAGCUACAGAGCCCAGUCCAGCCACAAUAAAUGAUGUAAAAGAGGAGAAGACAACCAUAGGGAAAUUGUUUUCAUUCAGGCGAAAAUAAGAAAAACUGAAGAACUGACCAUGUAGAAGACAAACAGGAUUUGUCGGCACAUUUUUCUCAUCAGUUAACCACUUUUAUAUUGACUAUUUUUUACAAUGUGUAUUUGUCAGUCUAACAAGCUUUGUAUUUGUACUUGUAAUUUUAACCUAAGAUGGUUUAUGGUAAAACAGAGUUAUUGUAGUGGAAAUACAGUAUAUAUUACGUGGGAUGUUUGCUGACAUCAAAUGUAACUGGAAAGUAUUAUUUAGCUACUGUUGGAGAUUAUGCUGAAAGCAUUCACUCAAAAUGAACUUAUCUAUAGGCUUGAAAUUAAGUCUUCAAGUGGCUUUGUGUAAUAAAGCUGGAGUGCAAUGAGAA